GAAAAAAUGUGUUAAAGCUCAAAUUGAAUAAAUUUAACUUUAUUGUGAAAUGAGAUGAGUCAUGAACACUUCAAUUCUAGUUUGUCAUAGGGGUAGGGGGCUUCAACUGUUGGUAUUAAAUGUUGCAGAAUUGGAAACUCUGUAUUUAAAUGCAACGGGGUCAGCCUUCAAUACAACUACAAUAAGAGGAAAAAUGUUAGGUGGGAACUCGUUCAAAAUUCAGACAAUUUUUAGUAUAAUAUUAUUUGACUAUGGUAUUCAAUAAUUUAGGGUAAAAAAAUGUAAAUUUAUGAAGUUCUUCUUGCAUAAAUAUAAUGCUCAUUUACACAAUUAAUCAAACGUUUAAGUGUACUGGAAUAGUAAGUGGAGAAUUCUUACAUGAGGACGGUGGUGAGUGGAAUGUUGAAGCUAUCUUUUUAUUUUUCUAAGUUUUUGAGUAGUUGUGAGUUGUGAGCAUGUACUGGUGCAAAAUGGCACCGAUUUCUGGUGUAAAAUGUGAGACCUGACCCAAUAAAAAAUGUGUUACAGAGAUAUUUUGAAAAGACUUGUCAAGAGCAUGUAGGGAUUCACAAUAAUUAUGAUAGUUCAGUGAAUUUCUUGAGUAGUUAAUAUUCCUUAAACAUGUUAGGUUAUUUUUUUUUAUCAUAGUUUUUUGGACUCUAGUAUGGCCUACUCGUUCUUUCUUACUCAACUUUGCAUCAGACACUACAAUAUGCAAUUAGAUCUGUACAUUGUCUUUUCUCCAUUCUUUUUCAAACCCAUCCAUUGCAUGACAUUUUCAUGGUCUUGGCUUUUGACUCCAUGUGAUGGAAUAAAAAUGGAAGAGUCAUAUGAGAAGAAUUCAAAAGGACUAGAAAUCUUCUGCAAAAGUUGGCUUCCUGAAGCAUCUACGCCAAAAGCAGCACUAUUUUACUGUCAUGGUUAUGGAGACACUUGCUCCUUUUUCUUUGAAGGAAUUGCUAGAAAACUGGCAUCAUCUGGAUAUGCAGUUUUUGCCAUGGAUUAUCCGGGAUUUGGUCUAUCAGAAGGUCUUCAUUGCUUUGUUCCCAGUUUUGAUGGACUUGUUGAUGAUGUUAUUGAGCAUUACUCUAAAAUCAAAGAAAAUCCAGAGUUUCGUUCUCUUCCCAGCUUCCUAUUUGGACAGUCCAUGGGUGGAGCAGUUGCAUUAAAGAUACACCUGAAACAGCCUAAGGCAUGGGAUGGUGCCAUUCUUGUUGCACCUAUGUGUAAGAUUGCAGAUGACAUGGUUCCACCAAAGUUGGUCACUAAUCUCCUUAUUGGAUUAGCCAAUGUUUUACCAAAGCAUAAAUUGGUUCCAAACAAGGAUUUAGCGGAGGCUGCAUUCAGAGAUUUAAAGAAGAGGGAACAGACUGCUUACAAUGUUAUUGCUUACAAGGAUAAACCACGCUUGCAGAGUGCUGUAGAAUUGCUCAGAACUACUCAAGAAAUAGAACGGCGAUUGAAAGAAGUUUCUCUACCAUUAUUCAUCCUUCAUGGAAAGGCUGACACAGUGACUGAUCCAUCAGUGAGCAAAGCCUUGUAUGAGAAUGCAAGCUGUUCAGAUAAGAAGCUUAAGCUUUAUGAAGAUGCCUACCAUGCUCUUCUGGAGGGUGAGCCUGAUGAAGUGAUUACUGAAGUUUUUGAAGACAUCAUCUCUUGGCUUGAUGAACACAGCUUGAAACAGAACCAGCCUUCCUCCUAAUACCGAUAAAUUAAUUUUGCAAUCUUCUGAUUUAAAGAUGAAUAUUUUUAUUGGGAUUGUUUCAAGCAAUGGAAUAUAGAAUGCUUCCGUUAAAGUUGCCUAUUAUUUGCAGCUUACGUUCAGUGAAUACACCAUAACCUUGUUUUAUGUAUAUAACAUACAAGGUAUAUAUAUGUAUAUUUUUUUUUUCUUU